UCAAAUCUUUGUAAUAAGCAGGCAAUCUUUACUGUCGUCAAACUAUUCCAUUUGCUGUCGAUGGCCGAUCAUUUUUUAAAGCGUAAUCUAUAUAGUCGUCGAAAUUAAAGAAACCUUUACUAUGGUUUACAACAGAAGUUUCAUUGCGAAAUUAGCCAAAUUUCGCACCUUAAAAUUGGCUUUGAUGAUUCAAUCGAUUGUGACGACAUUGUCUAUUAUUUAUAUUAUGAUUCAAACUGAUUCACUGGAUAGAGUUAGUCGACUUGAGAUUGUUACAAACCGUUGCCAAGGCUGCUGCAAGAUAGAAAACUAUUCUAUUCUUGCAAUAUCAAGGGAAACCCAGAUUGCAGACAAACUUCAUAAACUUUCACGAGCUUUGAGACAAUACGAAAUUCCUGAUAAUAUUAUGAAUAUUUUACACGAAGCAGAGCGUACCAUUGAGAAUCUUGAAAGCGAGCUGGAAAAAUAUAGAACAUUUCGAAUCAGUAGACUCAAGGAGCUAGAGGGAAAUUUUAUCGAAGAGGAUAUAUCUCAAGACGAAGAACUAGUACCAAAAACCAAACCAACAUGGAAGAAAAAGUCAUAAAGGUCCUCAAAUGUUCUCAAAUUAAGUUUAAAGUGAAGCCCUAGUAAAAAUCUCAUUGCGCAAGAUUAUAAUAAAAUAGUGUGUAUAUUUAGUUACUUAUUAAACUUCUUGUUCCUAGUCUGGUUAUAAGACAAUUUAUAAAACACUAUUCAAAGUGACUCGAAUAUACAAUAUAUUAUAUAAACUGUAUAUCUUAAGAGAAAAGAUUACCAGUAUUAAAAUUUUAACAAAUUGUUAUGUUUUUACAA